CUCUCUCCUUUUCUACUACUACUGCUGCUCUGCUGCUACCCCUCUCAUUUGGUAUUACGAUUUUUGGGGCUUUGACUAAAAGUCUUGAGCUAAAAAGCUUCAUUUUUUUAGAGCUCCUUCCUCCUCCCCCCGAAAUUAAAUCCGGGGCCGAGGGAUUCGCAAUUCGGGGGAGCUCGUGGCCUCCAAUCCGCCCCGAUUCCUGCGCCUGCUCCAGCCGAUCCGCAUGGAUCAAUGGAGUUCUCAUAGCUCUCAAGGUUAAGAUCAACAGUACUGUGCAGUGAACUCUUGUUCAUUUCUUUGGUCCUGGGCUUCUUCAUUCUUGCUCAAGUCCAGCUGUCUGUUGAUCUAAUUCCAAGGUGGAGAUGAGUGUGGAGUACAAUAUGGAUGAAGCUUUGAAAGCACGAAAUACUGCAGAGAGCAAGUUUCAUGCGCGCGACCUCAGGGGCGCACGCAAGUACGCGGUCAAGGCCCAGAAUCUCUGCCCAUCACUUGAGGGCAUAUCCCAGAUGGCGUCGACUCUUGAAGUUCAUCUUGCAGCGGAGUCCAAGAUUGAUGGAGAGAGUGACUGGUACCGGAUCUUGUCCCUGCCCGCCUUUGCAGAUGAAGAGGAUGUGAAGAAGCAGUACAGGAAGCUAGCUCUCCAGCUGCACCCUGAUAAGAACAAGUCAGUCGGUGCUGAGGAGGCCUUUAAACUGAUCUCUGAGGCUUGGAGUGUGUUGUCUGAUACUAGUCGGAAGACAAUUUAUGAUCAGAAGAGGUCAGAUCAUUCUGUUGUCAACGUAACCAAUGGCAUGUAUACGUAUGACAAGAAGGCGACCAAGAGAGCUCGAAAGAAUGCUGCUGCUGCCGCCGCCGCUGCGGCUGCUGCGGCGGCUGCUGCUGAGGCUACUGCUCGUCCUGCUGGUGUUGAUACUUUCUGGACAUCUUGCAAUCGCUGCCGUAUGCAGUAUGAGUACUUAAGAAUGUAUCUUAAUCAUAACCUUCUGUGCCCAAACUGCCAUCACGCGUUCAUGGCGGUAGAGACCGGAUUUCCUUGCAACGGAAGCAGUUCAUCUUUCUCCUGGUCAACCAAGCAGCAGCCACAGAACCACAGUUCCACCAAACAUUCAUAUGGCUCAACAAGCAGGACUUCUAGCAUUCCGGGGACAGGGCAUGUGGGGUAUCAGCAAGAUAGUACUUACGAUUCCUACAACAGUCAAAGCUUUCAGUGGAAUCAGUACUCCAAGACAGGGCCUGCAGCUGACACAAAUGCGUACAGUACCCAGGCUUCCGAGAAACCUAGAAGAAAUGAAGAGAGCUACAGCUACAACUACCCUGAAAGUGGAAACACAUGUGACCCUGAGAGAACUACUUCAAGGCGUGGCCGGUUUGCAAAGCGGAGAAGGCAUAGUAAUGAUUAUACUACUGUGGAUUAUGCUGGAGAUAACAAAGAAACAGUGGUUGUAAGCACAGAGACAAAUGCUUUCACUGAUGUGGGGCGGGUUAAUGGCACUUCAGUGGAAAAGAUGAGAUCUGCAGUGAGUGUAAGGAGAGCUAAUGUUUUGAGAGAGAUCUCCCAGAUUGAUACACGGGGUCUACUUGUUGAGAAAGCCAAAGAAGCCGUCCGGGGAAAAUUGCAAGAGCUGAGCAUGGCAGCAUGUUCACGGUUUGCAGAGAAAAGGAAGUCAGAAGGAAAGGUAUAUCCUAGUGACAACAACAUAAAGGCAAAUGGGGUCCUCUCUGGCAAGCCUGGCAAAGGACUCAAGCUAUGCAGUUCAAUAAGUGUCGACACCCACAUACCUGCAACUGCAACUAAUGAAAAGAAUCCAGAACAGAAGCGUGUGCCUGUUUCGAUUGAUGUCCCAGAUCCUGACUUCCAUGAUUUUGAUAAGGAUCGCACAGAGAGAGCUUUUUAUAGUGACCAAGUAUGGGCUACAUAUGACAGUGAGGAUGGAAUGCCUCGUCUAUAUGCAAUGGUGCAGAAAGUUCUUUCAAUGAGACCUUUCAGAAUCCGCAUGAGUUUCCUCAAUUCCAAAUCCAAUAUUGAACUGUCGCCAAUAAACUGGAUUGCCUCUGGUUUCCAGAAAACAUGUGGCGAUUUUAGGGUUGGAAGGUACCAGAUUACGGAAACAGUCAACAUAUUUUCGCACAAAGUCAGCUGGACUAAAGGCCCCCGUGGGAUUAUCAGAAUUAUUCCUCAGAAAGGUGAUACAUGGGCUUUGUACCGAGACUGGUCUCCUGAUUGGAACGAGCUUACACCUGAUGAUGUGAUAUAUAAAUACGAGAUUGUUGAAGUUAUUGAUGAUUUCACUGAGGAGCAAGGGCUGACUGUCAUUCCAUUGUUGAAGGUUGCUGGCUUCAAAGCUGUGUUCCAUAGGCACAUGGACCCCAAGGAGGUGAGGAGGAUACCAAAGGGUGAGCUGUUUCGAUUCUCGCAUCAGGUUCCUUCUCGACUGCUGACUGGUGAAGAAGGCAACAAUGCCCCGGAAGGUUGUCAUGAGCUCGAUCCUGCUGCAACCCCAGUGGACCUUCUUAAGGUUAUUACAGAGGUGAAUGAAGACGUGGCGGCGCAGACUGCUGAAUAGAAGAGGGCAACAACUCUGAACACUGAAGAUAGCUUGGGUGUCUGAAGUGUGAAAUGUACUACACAGAUGACAACAAGUCAACAUUUGUUGGUGUCUUAGUUCUAUUAUGCCAUCUUAUUUUUGGCUGAUGACUUGGAACAAUACUGCCAGGGCAAGCAGCUUAUGUCGUGGACUUCUGACUGUUAAUUCUUAGGCAUUUCUAACACUCGGAGUUUAUCGCGCCAUGGAUAUCAUCUUCUAGAGUAAAAGAAGCAUUGGGAGGCGAUUGAUGCGGCGACUAGUCAAAGGAAAGCUAUGGAGCCUCAUGGCUUGCUGACGGCGUUACUCUGUUCAGGUAUGGUGUUGAGCAUAGGAGCCAUCAAGUUCGAGGGGGGAGACGCCACUGGACUUCCCCAUGUACCCGGAAAUUAUUAAUGUACCAAAUUUACCUAAGAUGUUGUAUUUCCUUUAAUCUAUAGCGAUGCGUCCUUAUAUAAUGUUGAACUUGAUGAUUUCAAAAUUCUGAUUUGAACUCGGUGAACUGGUUCGGCAAUUUAAUAUUAUAUUUAGUGGAA